AUGGAAUCUUCAUUCUGUACCAUAAAAUCCCUCCAUGAUUACAUAGUUAGCCAUAUCAAACGGACCAUUAAAGGACUAUUUUCUCCACUCUAUACACAAAAUAUCAGCAAAAACCCUGAUCCUUCGAUUGAAUACCGUCCAUCUGCUUCAUUAGUAUCACUCCCUUUUUACAUUACAAACACAACAAUCAAGAAGCAACUCAAGAUUGAUGAAUACAGAAAUUUUAUAUCGCAGGUCGGAACCCAAAAACGAGAUCUUGAUCCCUGUUGUGCAGUGUGUUUGGAUAACAUAGAGAGUUGUGACAAGGUGAGGGAACUUGGGAAUUGUGUGCAUGUGUUCCACAGUGAGUGCCUGGACUGUUGGAUCGAUCAAGGCCAUCAAACAUGCCCCAUUUGCAGAGCCAAGCUUUUGCAGAAUAAAAAACAAGAAUUAGAGUUUGAAGAAGAUCCAUGGAGAUCAGAAAGAAUGGUUUACUUGUUUGGUGAAGAUUGUGUGAUGAGUAAAUAG